UUGCCCUGGGCUUAUUUAAGCCCAUUAUUUGUUUUAGGGUUGAGUGUUUUAGACAUCGCGCCGAUGCAUAAUAUGCAACACAUGGAAUCCAGGCUGUGGCCGGAGCUGCCCUGACAUAGAAUGCGGUUCAUAGAGUUGUAACAGGGUCAGGAUUCAAAAUGGCCCCAACAGAUUAGAGAGCCGAAUGGCCAAAACUAACAACAUGCAUUUCAACAAGGACAAAUGCAAGAUAUGACACUUAGGCAGAAAAAAAUGAAAUGCAAAGAUACAGGACGUGUGAGAAAGAUCUUGGAGUCUUUGUGGAGAACAAGCUGAACAUGAGCCAAGAGUGUGAUUCAGCAGAUAAAACGGCCAAUGGGAUUUUGGUCUGCAUCCAAAGGAGUUUAUGUCCAGAUCAAGGGAAGUCCUGGGCCUCUUUAUUUGGCUUUGGUCAGACCUCUUCAUCCGGAAUCAGACUGUGUUCCUGGUCCCACAGUUCACGAGAGAAGAAGGAGUCUCAAAGGAUCAAAGGCCUGGAGACCAUGAAUAAUCCCUCUGAGGAGCAUCUUAAAGAACUGGGCAUGUUUAGUAUCAGAAGAGAAGGUGGAGAGGAGUCAUGUAUAUGUGAAAGGGUGCCCUAAGCAAGAAAAAGUAGGAUUGUAUUCUCUGCCCUGGAAAUUAGGACUCAAUGGAGCCAUGAGUUCAAAUGACAGCAACAUGAGGAAGAACUUCUUGACUUGUCAGAAGAGUUGUUCAGCAGAGGUUCUCUCUACCUCAGAAUCAUAGAAUCAUAGAGUUGGAAGAGACCUCAUGGGCCAUCCAGUCCAACCCCAUUCUGCCAAGAAGCAGGAAAUCACAUUCAAAGCACCCGUGACAGAUGGCCAUCCAGCCUCUGCUUCCAAGUCUCCAAAGUUUUUGAAAAGCAAUGUCUUUGUGGUCAGCCUGUCGGUGGCCGACCUCGUGGUGGCGGUCUACCCCUACCCUCUGAUCCUGAGCGCCAUUUUCCACGACAGAUGGACGAUGGGCCCCGUUCACUGCCAGAUCAGCGGCUUCCUCAUGGGCUUGAGCGUCAUCGGCUCCAUUUUCAACAUCACCGCCAUCGCCAUCAACCGGUACUGUUACAUCUGCCACAGCCUCCGCUACGACCGGCUCUUUAACCUGAAGAACACCUACCUGUACCUCUGCCUGACGUGGCUGCUCACCGUGGUGGCCAUCCUGCCCAACUUCUUUGUGGGUUCCUUGCAGUACGACCACCGGAUCUACUCCUGCACCUUUGCGCAGACGGUGAGCAUGUCCUACACCAUCGCCGUGGUGGUGGUCCACUUCGUCCUGCCGCUGUCCAUCGUGACGUUCUGCUACCUUCGGAUCUGGAUCCUGGUCAUCCAGGUCAAGCACCGGGUGCGGCACGAGUGCAAGCACAAAGUGCGGGCGGCCGACCUCCGGAACUUCUUGACGAUGUUUGUGGUGUUUGUGCUUUUCGCCGUCUGCUGGGGGCCCUUGAACUUCAUUGGCUUGGCCGUCUCCAUCAACCCCUCCAAGAUCGUGCCGCAGAUCCCAGAGUGGCUUUUCGUGGUGAGCUACUUCAUGGCGUACUUCAACAGCUGCCUCAAUGCCGUGAUCUACGGCCUCCUCAACCAGAAUUUCCGGAAGGAGUAUAAAAGGAUCCUCGUGGCGCUCUGGACGCCCCGCUUGCUCUUUGUGGAUGCCUCAAAAGGCGGGACGGAAGGCAUCAAAAGCAAGCCGUCCCCGGCUGUGACAAACAACAACAACAACCAGGCUGAAGUCUACUUGUAAAUGGAAACUUUUCCGCAGCAUCCAGACUGGGAAAAAAAAACACUAUUGCUGUGUGUGUGUAUAUAUAUUUGAAUGUAUGCUGUCUCAUGAUGUUCGUGCAAAAAAGUUCCCCAAUUUACCAGCACUCAGUGUUUUUCUAUCUCUCUAAAGACUUGUUGCAUCGUGAUAGUUUAUGGAUUUUGGUCAAAAAGUUUUCUUGAGCUGUGCUGAAAAUGUCACGGUUUGGAAAUGUAACUCUCUUUCUCUCUCUAUGUAUAGUUACAUGUCUAGAUCAGUAGUAUUUUUACUACUUCUUAACCAAUCUCCUGACCAACAAGGGCAUUAACUUUUCUUAGCUCUGAAAAGAGUGUGAAAGAUGAGGCAAGAAACCUCUUCUCCAAAUGUUGCCUUGACCCUGAAUUUGCAGGAUAAUCUCAAGCAAACUGCCUUGUACUUAAA